UUCGGAUUCAAGGAUCAAACAAAUAUAUCUCAAAAGCGUUUCUUCCUCCCUCAAGGAAGUACCAAAACCCUAAAAACCUAACAGAUGGGGACGCAGUUCCGCAAGGCUUUAACUUUGACGGUAACCAAUUUCUCCCAAAAGAGUUCUCCAAUAAACUCUCCUCCGUUCCCAAGCGGUGGUUGCGAUUGGAUUAUAAAAGUUUAUCCCAAGGGCAGUGGUGAUGAUAAUUACUUGUCUCUGUUCCUGUCCCCUGAUGACCCUAAAUCACUUGGAAUUAACUGGAAAAGGAAAGCUAAUUUUUACUUUGUUUUGCUGAAUCAAUCCGGCAGAGAACUCCAUAAAACACCUGAAAUAGGUGAUCAAUGGUUUUGCGCUGACUCACUAAGCUGGGGUUUUCCACAGACGUUGCCUCGGAGAAAGCUUGCGGACAAAAUCUUUUUGGAUAAUGACAGAUUCAACAUUGAAAUCUAUAUUAAAGUUGUUGAAGUUGUUGAAGGAUAUCAUAUGUUUCCAGCUUCAUUCACUAAUAAGCUCUUACAAAGCUGCUUAGCGUAUCCAGAUAAGUCUGAGAAGGACACUGUUGAUGUCAAUGGUUUUCAGGUUCUUUCUUCUCAGGUUACUUCAGUGAGGCAAGUAUUGGAUGAGCAUCCAGAUAUAGCAGUAGAUAUCAGAUCAAAGAACCAAGUAGUGAAGACAGAAUACAUGAAUGUCCUUCUUAGGGUCAUUGAGACAAUGGGAAAGCCGCCACAGAGUAUCUCAGAGACUGAGCUUACCAAUGUUCAUAGCGAAUUGACCGAGCUGACGGAAGUAGGUUUCAAGGUGGAGUGGUUGAAGACAAAACUUGAGGAGUUUUCCGUGGAGUGGAAGAAAGCAAAUGCUGAUGGGUGUAGGAUUCAACAGCUUGAGGAACACGUCAAGAAUCUUGAGUUAACUGUGUUAGAUCUCAAAGCUGAACUGGACAUGGAGAAGGCCAAAUCUACUAGUGAUGCUGCUACAAUUUUGUUAUUGCAGGAUACAUUGUCUGAUCUCAAAAUUGAACUGGGUAAGGAGAAGGCAAAAACUGCUACUGCUACUGAUAAAUUUUUUCUGUUGAAGGAGACGUAUUCUGAUCUCAAAGUUGAACUGGAAAAGGAGAAAGCCAAAUCUAGUAGUGCUGCUGCUAAAGUUUUGUCAUUGGAAGAGGCUUUGUCUGAUCUUAAAGUUGAAUUGAAUCAGAAUAGAGAAAGUCCUGGUACUAAUGUUUUGUCGUGGGAAGAUGAUGAUGAUGAUUUAUUUUCAAAUACUAACUGUCUAGGAAUUCAGCAGAAGACAAAUGUUUAUAAAAGAAUAAACUGA